AUGAAUACCCCUCAAAAAUCAGUUGGAUUCCAAGCACAAAGAAGCAAUGAAACUCCAGCCUCACCACCCCCCCCCCCCCCCCCCCCCCCCCCCCCCCCCCCCCCCCCCCCCCCCCCCCCCCCCCCCCCCCCCCCCCCCCCCCCCCCCCCCCCCCCCCCCCCCCCCCCCCCCCCCCCCCCCCCCCCCCCCCCCCCCCCCCCCCCCCCCCCCCCCCCCCCCCCCCCCCCCCCCCCCCCCCCCCCCCCCCCCCCCCCCCCCCCCCCCCCCCCCCCCCCCCCCCCCCCCCCCCCCCCCCCCCCCCCCCCCCCCCCCCCCCCCCCCCCCCCCCCCCCCCCCCCCCCCCCCCCCCCCCCCCCCCCCCCCCCCCCCCCCCCCCCCCCCCCCCCCCCCCCCCCCCCCCCCCCCCCCCCCCCCCCCCCCCCCCCCCCCCCCCCCCCCCCACCCCCCCCCCCCCCCCCCCCCCCCCCCCCCCCCCCCCCCCCCCCCCCCCCCCCCCCCCCCCCCCCCCCCCCCCCCCCCCCCCCCCCCCCCCCCCCCCCCCCCCCCCCCCCCCCCACCCCCCCCCCCCCCCCCCCCCCCCCCCCCCCCCCCCCCCCCCCCCCCCCCCCCCCCCCCCCCCCCCCCCCCCCCCCCCCCCCCCCCCCCCCCCCCCCCCCCCCCCCCCCCCCCCCCCCCCCCCCCCCCCCCCCCCCCCCCCCCCCCCCACCCCCCCCCCCCCCCCCCCCCCCCCCCCCCCCCCCCCCCCCCCCCCCCCCCCCCCCCCCCCCCCCCCCCCCCCCCCCCCCCCCCCCCCCCCCCCCCCCCCCCCCACCCCCCCCCCCCCCCCCCCCCCCCCCCCCCCCACCCCCCCCCCCCCCCCCCCCCCCCCCCCCCCCCCCCCCCCCCCCCCCCCCCCCCCCCCCCCCCCCCCCCCCCCCCCCCCCCCCACCCCCCCCCCCCCCCCCCCCCCCCCCCCCCCCCCCCCCCCCCCCCCCCCCCCCCCCCCCCCCCCCCCCCCCCCCCCCCCCCCCCCCCCCCCCCCCCCCCCCCCCCCCCCCCCCCCCCCCCCCCCCCCCCCCCCCCCCCCCCCCCCCCCCCCCCCCCCCCCCCCCCCCCCCCCCCCCCCCCCCCCCCCCCCCCCCCCCCCCCCCCCCCCCCCCCCCCCCCCCCCCCCCCCCCCCCCCCCCCCCCCCCCCCCCCCCCCCCCCCCCCCCCCCCCCCCCCCCCCCCCCCCCCCCCCCCCCCCCCCCCCCCCCACCCCCCCCCCCCCCCCCCCCCCCCCCCCCCCCCCCCCCCCCCCCCCCCCCCCCCCCCCCCCCCCCCCCCCCCCCCCCCCCCCCCCCCCCCCCCCCCCCCCCCCCCCCCCCCCCCCCCCCCCCCCCCCCCCCCCCCCCCCCCCCCCCCCCCCCCCCCCCCCCCCCCCCACCCCCCCCCCCCCCCCCCCCCCCCCCCCCCCCCCCCCCCCCCCCCCCCCCCCCCCCCCCCCCCCCCCCCCCCCCCCCACCCCCCCCCCCCCCCCCCCCCCCCCCCCCCCCCCCCCCCCCCCCCCCCCCCCCCCCCCCCCCCCCCCCCCCCCCCCCCCCCCCCGUAGCGAGGACUCGUCUUGGAGCCUGUACAUCGAAGGCUCGUUUCACAGAACAUGCUCCCUGUCUGUCUGGCCGUCCCGACUCCGGAUCAAUCUGUUUCACUCUCACUCGAGCCCGGAGCAAAACACUGGGAGUCCCGAUCCUUCUCCCGCAUCCCUGCUCCCGGAUCACGCUCCCGGAUCCCUGCUCCUGGAUCCCUGCUCCCGGAUCCCUGCUCCCAGAUCACGCUCCCGGAUCCCUGCUCCCAGAUCACGCUCCCGGAUCCCUGCUCCCGAAUCCCUGCUCCCGCAUCCCUGCUCCCGGAUCACGCUCCCGGAUCCCUGCUCCCGGAUCACGCUCCCGAAUCCCUGCUCCUCGAUCCCUGCUCUCGGAUCACGCUCCCGGAUCACGCUCCCGAAUCCCUGCUCCUGGAUCCCUGCUCCCGGAUCACGCUCCCGGAUCCCUGCUCCUCGAUCCCUGCUCCCGGAUCACGCUCCCGAAUCCCUGCUCCUCGAUCCCUGCUCUCGGAUCACGCUCCCGGAUCACGCUCCCGAAUCCCUGCUCCUGGAUCCCUGCUCCCGGAUCCCUGCUCCCGGAUCACGCUCCCGAAUCCCUGCUCCUGGAUCCCUGCUCCCGGAUCCCUGCUCCCAGAUCACGCUCCCGGAUCCCUGCUCCCGGAUCACGCUCCCGCAUCCCUGCUCCCGGAUCACGCUCCCGAAUCCCUGCUCCUGGAUCCCUGCUCCCGGAUCCCUGCUCCCAGAUCACGCUCCCGGAUCCCUGCUCCCGGAUCACGCUCCCGAAUCCCUGCUCCUGGAUCCCUGCUCCCGGAUCCCUGCUCCCAGAUCACGCUCCCGGAUCCCUGCUCCCAGAUCACGCUCCCGGAUCCCUGCUCCCGGAUCACGCUCCCGAAUCCCUGCUCCUGGAUCCCUGCUCCCGGAUCCCUGCUCCCGGAUCCCUGCUCCCAGAUCACGCUCCAGGAUCCCUGCUACUGGAUCCCUGCUCCCGGAUCCCUGCUCCCAGAUCACGCUCCAGGAUCCCUGCUACUGGAUCCCUGCUCCCGGACGCCUGCUCCUGGAUCCCUGGUCCCGGAUCCCUGCUUCCAGAUCACGCUCCCGGAUCCCUGCUCCCGGAUCCCUGCUUCCAGAUCCCGGCUCCUGGACCCCUCCUCACGGAUCCCUCCCGGAUCUCUGCUCCCGGAUCAUUGCUCCUGGAUCCCUCCCGCAUCCCUGCUUCCGGAUCCCUCCAGGAUCCUGCUCCGGGUCCGGGUGCCCACCCCCGGUGCCCACCCCCCGAUGCCCACCCCCGAUGCCCACGUGUUGCCGCCGCUCUGACCGCCCUGCCAGCGGCGGGAGGCGGAGGAGCCGCCGCAAUCUUACCAUACUCACUGCCUCAGAUCACCACUAAUAAUUGUCCUUUCAGUGGGCAUUCCUAUCCAGGAAAGCUGGAGCCAACAAAGAAAGAGGUGAAAAGCCUCCUUCAACAAAAACUCCCAAACCCGUGA